AUGGGCAUGCACAAAAUCGGACCAAUCCUCAUCUGUUUUGGAACAGUGAGCGCUGUAAGCUCCAUCACGAUUGGCUGCUUCUCCAAGCACAUCAAACGCUUCGCAUUCAUAGCUGCAGGCGCCACCUUCAACGUCGGUCUUCUCAUCGUGCUGUGGCUGUGGCGACCUCAGGAGAAGGAUGUGCCAAACUUCUACGUCGUCGCUGCUUGCCUUGGUCUCUGUGAUGCCAUUUGGCAGACGCAGACCUACACAUUGUUUGGCGUUCUCUUCAGCCAUAAACCGGAAGCAGCCUUCGCUUCCUACCGGAUGUUCCACGCUGGAGGCUGCGCCAUGGCGUUCGGGUACAGCUACUUCCUGUGCGUGCAGACCAAGGUUUUCAUCCUGGCGGGAAGCCUGGCGCUGUCGCUGGGCAUGUACAGCAUCAUCGAGAUGAAGAUGCAGCUACAAAGUCAGCACAUUGGGGAUAUUGUGGCGCUUUGAUGAGACGC